AUGCACGACAUCAUCGGCGGCCCGGAGCAGACGGCCAUCCACCUCAUCCGGAACGCCGGGCCGCCGCACAAGUCCCUGAAGGGCGCGUACUUCGGCGACACGAUGGCCAUCGACGACCUCGUCACCGAUGGCCCCGGCAUCGACUCCGGCUCCGUCGGCCGGGCGCAGGGCACCUACAUGCUGUCCUCCCAGCACGAGGAGGUCCUCGUGGCCGCCGUCACCGUCGCGCUCACCGGCGGGCCGUACAGCGGCAGCACCUUCUCGUCGCCGGCCGCGUCGGGAUCUACGAUAAGUCGGAGCUCCCGAUCGUCGGCGGGACGGGCCAACUCCGGCGCGCCGCCGGCUACGUGCUGUGGAGGAUGGCCAAGGUGGUGUCCGAGGUGUAUAUUGUGGUGGAGCUGA